GUGUGUGUGUGUGUGUGUGUGAGAGAGAGAGAGAGAGAGAGAGAGAGAGAGAGGGAGGGGAGGUGCUGGUGCACUGUGUGAGAGUUGUGAUUUCUUUAAAGACACGCUCACACCAGUAAAUGUUUUGAUAUGCACUACUUUAUGCUUGCUAUCUGUUUAUCUUAUCUUAUGAAAGGCAGUUAUGUUGAAUACUGCAUUUAAUAUGAGAACUUUGGACUUUUUGUUUUGCAGUGCAUGAAUGCAUUUGGUCAGAUGAGGAAUUAUGCUAUGGACUAUUAUCUUAAUUUGAAAGGCACAGAUGAAGAGGGCUAGCAUGUCUCGUCCUGUAUGGAGCUCAGUUCAGAUGUCCUGUUCACUCUGGCUCCUUCUGUCCUCUUCUAUAAGGUUUAUUAAUCCAGCUGUGUCUGAAUUAGUAUUUUCAGUGUUACCUGAAGAUGGAGUUGGGAUUAUAAAUAUGUCUCUGAUGCUGAAUUGCACAGUGCUUGACUCUGGCCUGAAGGAUCCUCUAUCAGUGAAAUGGGAGAGAGACAAUGGAAGUCUGGACAGAAGGGUUCAUCAAUUGGCCAAUGGCACACUUUUCUUUCCCUUCUUAAAAGAGGAAGAUUUGGGAAAUUAUUCCUGUAGUGCAAAAAGAGGCAACAAACAGAUUCAAACAACUGUCAUGGUCAGCAAAGCAUGCCUGGAAGAUGUGUUCUUUCACCCUCAGUCCAUGAGAACUGAAGAGGGACAUGAUGUUUUCCUUCAGUGUGUCUCUGGUGAUAGUUCUCCCCCCGCUCAGAUUUCAUGGUUAAAAAACGGCAGAAUUCUCACCAAAGGAAACCAGAUUCAGGGACAGUAUGGAGGAGGGAGUCAAAGGAAAACUUCUGGCACUUUGCACAUGACUAACAUCACCAAAGCAGACCAAGGAGUCUAUAUUUGUGUCACCCACAAUCCCCUGCUCAAUAUAAGCAAAGCAAGUCAAGCAGCAACUCUGACAGUGCAUGAAUCCAUUGAAGAUGUAAAGAUUAUUGAAGGCCCCCAAAAUGUCACUGUACCUGUUGAAAUGGAAAGUGCAAUGCACUGCUUUGUUGAAGGCUUCCCCAUUCCCACAGUUCAGUGGUUUAAGGAUGGAAAUUCCUUACCCAAUUCUUCUAGAUGGGAUCUGCAAAAGGAUGGACAACUGCUGAUUUUUCAGAGAGUUUUGUCAGAAGAUGAGGGCCUGUAUUUCUGUGAAGCUCGCAAUGAGAGGCAGAAAGUGAUAUCUGAACCAGCAUACCUCCUUCCUGCAGUUAUGGAUUGGAGCUUUGUUCUUGAACCUGCCAACCUAACAGCGAGGAAGGGUGAAGCUGCGACUCUUUACUGUAGGCCUCCUCACAGCAGACCCCAGGCUGAAGUGUCCUGGUUUAAGAACAACAGACUCCUCCAGACAGGACUGCAUUAUACUUUUGAUAAUAAUGGAGACCUGGUCUUCCACAGUGUACAGGAGACAGACAGUGGAUUGUAUUUCUGCACAGCUUCUAAUUCACAUCUCAAAAGAGCUAUCACGUCCAAAACAAUCUUCCUGGAUGUUCUUGAACCUCCAUCCGUGACUAUCUGGCCAACUGAAGUGACGUCUCCUGUAGGUGCUAAAGUGACGAUUGACUGCCAGGUGUUAGGACACCCUGCUCCUUUUAUCAGGUGGUCAAAGCAGGGCCGGUCUGUCCAAACUGGAGGCAAAAUUAUAAUGGGGUUAAGAAACACAACUCUCUACAUUUCAUCAGUGAGAACGUAUGAUGAAGGACAUUACACAUGCACAGCCUCCAACACACUGGGUCAUGAUCAGAAAACUAUGACUCUUCGGGUUGCUGUGAAACCAGUCAUUGUUUCCUUCGUUGCAUCGCUCACUGUCUCAGAGGGAUCACCUGUUAGUCUCCCUUGUCGAGCUGUUGGAGAUUUUCCUGUCAAGUACACUUGGAUUAGAACUGCAUCGAUACAAAAUUCACCAAAACUGUCUGGUUUAAACUCUCUGGUCUUACUCCCACAACAGAUACACAUUGAUGGUUUGUUACAUUUUGGACAGACUGUGGUUUUACCAUUUUUUUCUUGUAUGCCAUCAUUUUUGAUACUUCAUUUUAAAAUGAAUUUUACAGAUAAUGGGACAUUAGUAAUCUCCAACAUCCAUCGGUCUGAUGCAGGAGCGUAUCAGUGCACUGCAGAAAACAGAGUCGGUCAGGAUGUGAGAAGUGUCAUCAUAACUGUAACCGCUGACUCUGAUGCCCCAGCUGAUAAGGAAGCACAGAGUGAAACGAUUAUGCCCCCUGUUCCAGAGAGUGAGCAAAAGCUAUUUACUAAUUCCCUUCCUUACGGUUAUGGUUCCUUUCCUCUGAGUAAUAGAGAGAUAAAUGAAAACAUUCAACAAACAACUGAAGAUUAUACCAAGAUUUCCCAGUUAUAUGCUUUUGUGGAGGACUCACCAACAUACCUGAAUUUUGAAUCUACCCAAGACACUACAGAGUUUAUUUCACUGAAGCCAAGUGGCAUUAGCAUAGGACUUAUUGAGAAAAACAAACAGCCCAUUCAAACACAAAAACCAACCCCUGUGCCUAUCAAACCUACACCAUUUCCCCCACUCAGAGAUACUUUUUUACAGGAUGCACGUCAACAUAUCCAAAUAACAGAGCAGGUCACAAAACCUCCAGUAACAAAACCAAACACAAACAUCCCUUUCCCAGCAGACCUAUAUUUCCAUACCCAGCUUAAAAAAAAUCUGAGUGUUUCCGUGACAAGUGCCCAGUCCUUUAGUGGACAAACUCAGACUACAGGUUUAACUUUAGUGGAAGUAAAGAAUUUCUCUGCCUCGGCUCCUGUAGAACAGCAUCAGAAUCAGAGUCAAAUCAUCAAGCAGUCUGGAAAUACCAAGUCAUCAGUGACGAAUGACACAGAACUUGUUGAGUCACUGAAGAAAAACACCUCACAAGCCCCUAGGAGGACCACUGACAAUAAUAACAGGGAAAAGGAGAAAUCUCACUCUUGGUUGCCUGUGAUUGAGAAGCAUGAUAUUCCCAUUGUGGUUGGAGUUGGUGUUUCGUUGGCAUUCAUCUUCAUUGCCAUGACCUUUUACUCUCUGGUUCAGAAAAAUGAUCCUGCAGCUGUACCGACAGGGAGGGCAGCUCUGAGGGGAAUAUGUGGGCCUUGCAGGCAUGGGGAACAUGUUGCAAUGGAAACGACAUAUGAUAACAAGGCAUUUGAAGAUGAUAAUUUGAUGGCUGUUAUUGGGCAAAGCCCCAACACAUCGGAGACAAGAGCGCUCCCAACAGAAGCCAGCCCAUCCAUCUUGAUGAUGGAGCCACCGUCUGAUGAUGUGCAAGAGUGUGUCCAGUCCACCCAGGGCCUGCCAGUAAUUGUGGAGACUCACCCAGAGCCCAGACAAGAGGAUCAGCUGGAGACUAUAUUUGAGGAGGGGAAGGUCACUCCCUCACCACAUUCUGACAUUCAGCUGCAGUGCAUGGAGGACUGGAGGAGCAGAGAAUUUGACCCAGGUCAGGAUGCCCCCUCACCUCCUCCAGCCCAUCCAGCACCUGUCCAGGGGGAGAGCCUGCGCUCAUCCCUGACUCUCCAGACCAGCGAUCCCUCCUCAACUCCUGUACGCCACAGCAUCAAUAUCUCCCACGGUUUCUCUCCCCUCCUGCUGUCCCAUUGUGUGUCCCUGGGCAUGACCUCUGUGGCUGUGGAUGUGCACUUCUACCCUUCAGGUCCCUCAGCAGCCAGUCAUCCUCCGUGCCCUGUCUUUGGACCUCCAGGCCAGCAGGUGAACACCAGGCUGGAGCACGAUCUGUCUGCACCCUCUGCUAGCCACAGUAAAUAACAAGAGAGUGUGAAAAACAUUGAAGUCAUGAGAAAGCUCUGUUAAAACGCUUACUUCAGGCAGUUAGGAUAAAGAUGGUGCUGAUGCUUUAUUGUCCCUCAAAUUUUUUUUUUUUUUUUUAAUGAUUGUCAUAUUUCCUAUGAUGUCGUUUUAAUGAAAGGCAGCAUGAGCUCUCAUGGAGCCAUGCAUUAGAAUGGCUGCAUCUGAACUGAAUUUGCUACUUUCACAGCAUGUACUGAAUUUGAUUAGAAAUGAUUUUGCAUGCCAAAUCUGCCAUACUGCCAGACAGAAGAAACAAAACUAUUUAUAUGAAUAUAAUCAUAUAUAAUGUCUCACACAAGAAAGUCUGGUAAUGUCCUUUUACUGUCUUUAACCAUAAAUUAUAUGGCAUUUCAUAUUUCCGAAACCCAUAUAAUUAUUUUACAGUAAAAUUGCAUAUAAUGCAAUGUUAAAUCAUUGGUAAGGUAUCUUACAAUUAACCCAUUAACAGGUUUUUAGCAUAGCACU